AUUUUGCAGCAGCCGCGGAGCAGGCAGGAGCAGCCGGAGGCCGAGGCGAGUGCACGAGUGCGGGGGAAGGUGCUUGGCAAAGGGUCAAGAUGCCGAUGUUUUGCAUUAACACCAACGUGAGCAAGGAUGCGGUGCCCGAGAGCCUGACCGGCGAGCUCACCCAGCAGCUGGCCAAGGCUACCGGCAAGCCGGCCCAGUACAUAGCAGUGCACAUUGUACCUGAUCAGCUGAUGUCCUUUGGGGGAUCCACAGAUCCCUGUGCUCUCUGCAGCCUUUACAGCAUUGGCAAGAUAGGAGGGCAACAGAACAAGAACUAUACGAAGAUGAUUUGUGACCUGCUCACCAAACAGCUGCAUGUACCUGCAGACAGGGUCUACAUCAACUUCUUCGACAUGAACGCCGCCAACGUGGGCUGGAACAGCUCCACCUUUGCGUAGGGCGACCCCCAGCCCCCCCCACCCCGAGCUGGACGGCUGCUCCUGGAUGUGCCCCUUCCCUGCCUGCCCGCAGCGACCAUGGCACGAAACAUCCUCUCACUGAGUCGUGGUCCCUCGCCACCGCCUCUGCGCGGUGCUUGCACAUUCCUCUGUUUUCUACCUGUAGAAAGUCAAUAAAGGUCUGGAAGGCA